AUGCCUACCGAUCCCGACUCAGACUCCCCCCUGCAGCUCCUGUUCCUCGGGACAGGCACCUCCACCGGCCUCCCCCUCACUCCCUGCCUGACCCUCACCCAGCCCUACCCCGCCGAGUUCUCCAGCCACCUACCUCUCCCUGCUCCCAAUUCCUCGCCAGCCAAGGGCGAGUACAAUCCCGAUGGUGAAUGGCCAGAUACGAUCCCCUGCGCGUGCUGCCGGGCGGCCGUCUCCCCCGAUGUGCCCGAAGGAUGGAAGAACAAGCGAGGCAAUACCAGCGUGAUUGUGCGUAAGCGCCGAGCUGCGACUCAGGCUGCCGAUGGCGAAGAAGAGGAGGAAGGGGAGUGGAGAAAUGUGAUUGUCGAUGUGGGCAAGACGUUCAGGGAACAAUCAGCGAGGUUCUUCCCGAGAUGGGGUGUCAAGCGGAUCGAUGCGGUCAUUCUCACCCAUGGACAUGCGGACGCCUACUACGGUCUGGAUGAUCUUCGGGAAUGGUGUUUCCGCCAAAACUGCGUGAUUCCAGUGUUCCUCAACCGGGAGACGUACGAGACGGUCGCGAUGUCGUUCCCGUACUUGGUCGACAGGAAGAAGGCUAGCGGAGGUGGUGACGUACCGGCUCUUCGCUUCCACAUCAUUGAGGACGAUGCGGACUUUGAGGUCGAGGGGAUCCGAGUACGGGCAUUACCAGUCGAGCACGGCAUCUAUUUCCAAGAUGACGAGCGGAAACCCCUCAUCUGCCUCGGUUUCAUGUUUGACGAAUCCAUCAUCUACAUGUCGGACGUUUCCGAGAUCCCCCCAGCGACCUGGGAACGUAUGAUGGACCGAAACAUCCCCGAUUUGUCCGCAAUGACCACCUUCAACUCUACCAACAUCAGCGAGCAGCCAUCGGGGUACGACUCGCCCAAUCGGCCCAAGGAGUCCCCUCCCGCCGACUCCAAACCUCUUCCACUCAAGAAGAAGGUCCCCCGCCCCCUCCCUGUCCUCAUCAUCGACAGUCUCUGGCCCCUCGUCCGCCACUCGUCCCAUAUCCACCUGCCCGAGGCGCUGCGUAUCGCCAUGCGCCUCAAGCCGAGCAUCACGUACCUCGUCGACCUCGUCCACCCCGUCUCGCAUUACAUGUGGCAUGAGCUCUGCGCGAGUGUGCGGGGUGAGAAUGGGAAGAAAGGGUGCCAGCAUCCGGAUGAUGAGCAGGCGAGGGAGCUCAUCGGGCGGUUCUGGAACGAUAAGGACGUCAAGACGAUAGAGGGGAAAGUGAAGAAAUGGGGUGGGAGGGUCGAGCCGGGCUGGGAUGGGCUGGUGGUCGAGGUCAAUGGCGACGGCGGUGGGGAGGAGGGAUUCGAGGUGAUUGAGGGGAAGGGCGGGAGUGGGCCCGGACUGGCCAUGUGA